CUUGAACUAGCGGGCGGCUGCACCAUCACACCGCUUCUAAUCAGCGACCUGUGCUUUAGUCUCAAACCGUUACAACACGUUAACUGGAUUUAAUUUUGUAAACUUACUACACCUAAUGUGAGAGAGUGGCAAAGAAUACUGGAAUCUCAGACAAAAGAAAUGGGUGCCUUUGGGGUGAUAGUAGGGACUUUACAUUACAUGGGACUCUACAUCCAACUUACUGCCUCCACAAGGCAAGGUGGACAUGCAGAGUUAGUGAACCACAUCUCCGGGAACGCUGUGUUCACAGAGGUUCCCCAUGACAUCACAGCACAGAGUGGUCAGGACGUGGAGAUGGCGUGCUCCUUCCGGGGGGCAGGCCCCUCCUACUCCCUGGAGAUCCAGUGGUGGUACAUCAGAAACCACAGAGACUGGACAGAGAAACAGCCCUGGACCACCAAUCAGGUUGUACCCCAGGAUGAGAUGUCAAAGGAUGCUACCAAAAUAAGUGUGGUGAAGGUUGCCGGGAGCAACAUCUCCCACAAGCUUUGUCUGUCCAGCGUGAAGCCGUCUGACGAGGGCACAUACGAGUGCCGCGUGAUCGACUUCAGCGACACCGACAGCAACGCCCGCCACCACAAGGUGAGGGCCUACCUGCAGGUGGAGUCAGAGAGAAACCAGAACCCGAAGCUGCGCCACCAUGGAGAAAACUUCCAACCCCAGGACACCAAGGGACUGGCGAGCAGCAGGCACCAGCCGGAGCAUGGCAAGCACUCGCCAGCAGCCCACCACAGCCACCACAAACCAACAGGCACUGGCAAGGAGCUGAGGAAGAGGUCUGCGGAGACUGGCAGCACUACUGACUGUACUGACAGCUGUCCUCUACACCUCACAGCUCACCCAUAGCCUCCUCUGCCUGUUUGGUCUGGCCUCAGCCCCACACCCCGGGUGGGUAGUUCCAGUCCCUGAGGGCCGCAGCGCAAUGUACCCAGACCUCUGAUUCAUCCCAGCUGAUUGCUCACCCACCCCUACUACUGCUCCAGACACCAAAGGGACUAUAUCUCAGUGCCACCUCAGUCCUAUAUCUCUGACCUCUGCCCUCACACUGUCCCAUCAAAAACAUCCCAAGUCCUCUCCCAGGCCAAACUCAGGCCACCCCUUCUCUUUACCACAACCCUCUAGAUCAGGGGUGGGCAACUUUGAUGGGGAUGGGGGCCACAAAAAAUCUGAACUCAUCCUGAGUGGCCACAGUGUGCGCACCCACAUCCAUACCCACACAUGCAGUCAGAGCCGGCCCUAGUGUUUUUCACCCUAAGCUACAUUUUGUUGGGGGGCCCCCCGCCCUGCGAGCAAAACAUUUUAGCAUCCCCCACUUUUAACAAUGGAGAGAAUUUUUGGUUUGUUUUAGAGUUACUUUCCUGCAAUUCUACACAUUUAGCCAUGGGGUGUAGAAAAGAUUUUGCCAUUUUAAAACACAUUUUAUGCAAUUUUACUCAUUUAGCCAUGGGGUGGAGACAUAUUAGCCGUGUUUAAGCUAAUUUCCUGCAUUCUACACAUUGUGUUCUGACUUAUGCCAUGUUAAUAUAUCUGAGUGAGAGUGACAAAAAAAAUAAUUGAUGGGGGGGCCAUGAUUACUAUGUUUAGAUUGCUGGCUAGACUCAUUUUACUAAUCUAAAAAUGUGUAGCUAAUUGAGUGAGUUUCAGUGACUGACAGAAGAUAGAAACGGCUGAUGCACAACCUAACUCUCAACAGUCAAUUCCCCCGAAUGAGUUCCUAUUUAUCUAUUUCAAUACAUUGUUUUGGGUUUGAUCUGCCAGUUGCCCACCCCUGCUCUAGAUUGUCUACACUGUACAUGUUACUGUAUAUAAUGAUAAAGAGUGCAUGUUUAACAUGUUUUCUUACAAACUUUUUCAAUCACCUAAGAGGACGUAUAAGCUGGAAGGGUUACUUGUUGCUUUAUUCAUUUGGGUUUGUUUUCUGAGCAGUUCAUUCGCUGUUUCUCCAUGGUAAAUCCAGAGUUCAGAUAAGUCCAGAUUUCCAUCCAACCAGAGCUGGAUGGAAACCAAUGUUUAUAAAGUAAAACCUGUUCAUUGUGUUUUGUGCUUUCCCAACAGAUAAUGUGGCUGUGAGAAAGACCUGAUGGAUAAUGGAAUUGUUUCUUGCUCUAACCUUUGCUUUGAUGUUUUGUAAGAAAUCAUUGUAAAAAUGUUGUACAUUUUAGAAUGUCUUCUAGGAUGUUGGUCUCGUACUAAAUUUAUGCCUUUAUCAAAUUAAAUAAAGUGUACAUGAAC